GUGAACCCAUGGCUGUUAAGUGUGUAGCUUUCUGUUGAUGCAACACAGUUUAAAUUCUCCACUUAGCCAGACAAACGCAUUUAAACAAACGACUCAAGCUUCGAUUUAGCGAUGAAGGUCUUUGUGUUAUUCAGCUUGCUUCUUGUUAUACCAGCAAGCCAAGGUAAGAAAGCUGAAUUAGACUUGUCGAAGAGUUGCAUUGAAGAAUAUAAGAAGGUGUUGUUAAACUAUAACGAUGAAAAGGGAACAUGUACAAGACUACAGAUAUUCAUCGAUUGUCUUUCCAAAAGACCCGAACUUAGUGGUCAAAUGCUCGAUGCCAUGAGAUAUUUUUUCACGCAACAAGCCAUUUUCGUCGAAAAGCUUAAAUUCUGUCCAGAGAUUGAAUACAAAGACAUCAAACAAAUAACUGACAAAACAGAUUUUGCCAAGCAGCAUUUGUACUUAGACAGGAUAAAAUAUGAUGAUUCCGAUCAGUGCGCUGUAGAGGUUCACAAGACGUGCGUCAGACAUUACGUUCAUUUGUUUUCCAAAGAGAAAAAGAUAUGUGAUGAUGUUACAGCCUGGAUUAAUUGCUACCGCACAGAAUCAACAAACACUGGCUGCAAGGCUGACAUCAUACUACACUUCUCAAAGAUGCUGGAAGUUGUGGGAGGUCUUGUUAUCAGGGAGAUUCGUCGUUAUGCUGGUACAGAGUGCUUGAAGAUGGAACUCUAAAAUAUAUGUUAAUAUGGAAAAUAAUGAAAUAAAAAUACU